AUGGCAUACCAAACGAUUCGCCAGGAAUAUCUCCAGAUACCGAUAGUAACACGCGUCUAUUCGACGGCAUGCAUCAUCACUACGCUAUCCGUGCACCUCGACAUCGUCACUCCCUUCCAGCUAUACUUUAAUCCAAAGCUCAUCUUUGAACAUUAUCAACUAUGGCGCAUCUGCACAACAUUUCUGUUCUUCGGUACCUUCGGUUUCAAUUUUCUGUUUAAUAUGAUAUUCACGUUUCGGUAUUGCCGGAUGCUAGAAGAAAACUCGUUUCGUGGGAGAAGUUCAGAUUUUGUUACUAUGUUUUUGUUUGGUGGAACGGUGUUGGUGAUCUGUGCGUUGUUUGUUAAUUUACUCUUUUUAGGUCAAGCUUUUACCAUAAUGCUGGUGUACGUCUGGUCCCGUAGGAAUCCAUUCGUCAGAAUGAACUUUUUUGGUGUUUUGAACUUUCAGGCGCCUUACCUGCCAUGGGUCUUGCUAGGAUUUUCCGUGCUAAUAGGAAAUACCAUCUGGGUCGAUUUGAUCGGUAUUGUAGUGGGACACACGUACUACUUCCUCGAGGAUGUGCUGCCAAAUCAGCCGGGAGGCAUGAAGCUUCUUAAAACGCCACGAAUCCUCAAACUUUUGUUUGAUGAAGUGGCCGAGGAUCCUAACUAUGUAGCUCUACCAGAAGAUCAACCUGGUGGAUUUAAUUGGAGGCGAAACAACUAA